CGGAAAUGCUGCUCUCGAGAAGGAUGGCUUGAUUAUAGCCAAGAUUCUGGAGGGUCGCACGAAGAAUGUGUCCAUUAAAGAUUACAUUCUUGACAAGGAUCUUUACGCCCUCGGCUUCUGGAGAUAUCGCUUCCUCGCUGAGACAGACGAGAAGUACCCUGAGUUGGACAAAGCCUUCGAGGGAGCAGGAGGUGCGAACAUGGACGCCGGGAAGCUUUUUGCUCUGAAGAAGAAGAAGGGCAAGGCCCAAGCUCAAAAGAAGGACCCCUCGGUCCAGCAGCCCGUUGAGGCUUUUUUCCAGAAGGAGACUCCGGAGCCCUCUGCUGCGGAUGUAGUUACCGGUGUGGCCGAGGGGGCCACAAAAAAGAAGAAAGGCAGCAAGGCAGUAGAGCCCCCUGCCAAGAAGCAGAGGGGUCCUGGGGAUAUUGCUGGCCAGGAGGCCCCCUUGGUGAUCAUAGAGGAUCGCCCCUCUCCCGAUCCCUCGGUUGGUGUUGCGGCGACAGUUCGG